ACCCCAUCCCACCUCUCCACCCUCUCCAUCCUCCACCACCACCGUCAUGACCAACGUGGUUGCCCGCAAGCUGGUCAUUGUGGGUGACGGGUCGGUGGGCAAGACAUGCCUCCUGCUGCGCUACGCCAAGGGCGAGUUCCAGACCGCAUACAUCCCAACUGUCUUUGACUCGACCAUUGUCGACAUCACCAUCGACGACGUCGACAUCGAGCUCUCACUGUGGGAUACUGCUGGCCAGGAGGAUUACGACCGCCUGCGCCCGCUCUCUUACACCGACACCUCGGUUGUGCUCAUCGCAUUUUCAGUCGUCCGCCCAGACACGCUCAAGAACGUCCAUCUCAAGUGGAAGGAUGAGGUGCAGCACUUUUGCCCCAGUGCACCCAUCCUUCUCAUCGGCACCAAGUCAGACCUCCGCGAGUCGUCCACAGAGCCCACGGUGUCGCCCGAAGAAGCAAAGGCUGCUGCCGCUGCUAUCGGCGCUGCUUCUUAUAUCGAGUGCUCGGCGCUGAGCGACGUCAACGUGAACACUGUGUUCCAGACCGCAGCACGUGCUGCGCUCGAAGGCGUCGAACGCGCCCCGUCCAAGCGCAAGUGCUCUCUCCUUUGACAUGGCCCGCGCAUGCUCCAUGUGCCGCCGCGCCCUGCUUGCACCGCGCGCUGCUGCCCAUCCCCCAUCCUCCUCCCUCCCUCUCCGGCCUCCAUCGCAUACCUGCUGGUCUCUACUCUACGCAUCAAGCCUUCAGUCGUCGCAACUCGCAUACCCGGGGCGCCGAGCACGCAAGCUGUCGCUGCAGCGGCAAAGAGACCAAACUCACCAGCCUGCGCCACACUUGUCCGCCUCCCACACACGUACACACACUUGUUACAUGGAAGCUGUCGCUGCUGCAGAGGGCAUGGGCUGGG